UAGAUUUAAAAUUAAUCUGUUUGUUAAAGAAGAUAUCAUCAUUGGAAGAAUGUCUUACCAAUACCGAAGCAUAGCUGUAUUGCUCACAUUCGGCUUCUUCAGUUUUUGGAUUGCUUCGUGUAUAGCUAUUGGUGUCGGACCGGGUUCUCCGUGUGGAAUACCAUUUGGUUCCAGUCGUUAUAUGGCAAGAGAAGGUCAAUUUGGUUGUUAUAAAUGCGAUGCAAAUGAAUAUUGGAAUCGGAGAAUUAAAUCAUGUGCGCCUUGUACAGGGUUUCUCACCAACACCAGAGCUAACGUUAGAUCAUCAUGCAAAGACAGAAGAAUUCCAGUAACCACGACAGCAACAACAACAACAACAAAUCCGACAGCUUCACACGUUUCUAAUUCUACUUGCGUAGAUGACACAACAGUAAUGAUGACUUCACAUGUGAAUGCUUCUGUACAAGUAGCGAAUAUAAAUGUCUCAAUAGACACAGCUUUCCAUGUAUCUAAUUCUACUUACUUAGACGAAACAAAAAUUUUGAUAGCUUCACAUGCAAACGCUUCUACACAAGUGACAAAUAUAAAUGCCUUAAAAAAUGAUACAAGCACAGUUUUGAUGCCAAGAAAGCUCGAAGGAACACAAGGUAUUUUAAGACAUAUAUCAGAUAAGAUUUCAUUACUCAAAGGGAAAAAACGUAGAAAAAGCAAACGCCGAAAUAAAAGAAAACGCACCAAAGGAAAAGCGGAAAAGAAGAAAAAGCUAAACAGAAUAAGAAAAAAAAGAAAAGGAAAUAAAAAGAAAAAUCUCAAAAUAAAGAAAUCUCAUAAUAUGAAAAUAUAGUCAAAUUCAUACAAUUAUUUGUACAUUGCAGUGAGAAUAUUACGUUUUAGAAACUGUACUUUCUGCAUUAAAAAGUUGUCAUUUUUUUCUUAUUGUGUUUUUCAAAAUA